AAGUUUGUGUGCUCUUCAAUAAUUGGAAUACCGAUUUCUGUACUCAGUUGAAUUGAAAUGAUCCCAUUCCUUGCCAACGUUGGUCAAUUCUUCUCCCGCAAAGAAAUUCUUCCCUCCUGCGAUUCCUACAUCAUCGCUGGAUGUGAAAGAGAUGUUGAAGAGGCUAAGAAACAACCCUUCGCUUAUGAUUCUACGCAACAGUGUCUGAUACGUUUAUUAUGGGCUCUUGUCCACUCAAAACGUCCAGAAGAGGUGAAGCGUGGGAUCGAAAUGGUUCAGUCGUCAUUACCUUGGACAAGCGCUCCUCUGCAGAAAAGGGAUAGGUUUUAUCUUCUGGCUGUUGGAUAUUAUAAAACUCGUGAAUAUUCAAAGUGUAGGGAUCAUCUUCAGAAAUGCCUAGAGAUUACACCUGACUGGAUGCAGGCAUUGACACUUGAGAAGAAGGCGCUUAAGGAAGAUAGAAAAGGCCUUGGUCUUGGCUUUAGUGUACUUUGUAUUGUAAUGACUGUUACUAGCAUUAUUGCAAAACACAAGUCUCGUAAGGAGUGACAGAAUCCUUUCCAUUAAACAUAUCAUUGUAGCGGCUGAUAUGUAAGAGGCAAACAUAUAUGAUACUGUCAAUUUGCAGCAUCUAUUGCUAGAGAUAAGAUAAUAAUAUCCAAGUAUUAGAUGAGAGAUAUAUGGUGUGUGUUUU